AUGAACGAAUUAGAUGAGGAAAGUUUACGUUUUGCUGAUGAUAUUAUAGAGUUACAAGAGCUUUUAACCAAUAUUAAUAAUGAUAAUAUACAAAAAACAGCAGAAAAAGUAUUAAAAACAAAAUUUGCAGAAACGGAUGAUGGAAUUUCUACAAUAGUCGAAAAUAUACCAUGCAUCAUAUCAAUUAGACCAAAUAUAGUUAAAGCAAUAUCAAAAUUCUGCAUUACUUUUAUAGAUUUAGCAAAAUUUGGAACACCUGCAGGAGAAUUUGGGAAAUUGUUACUUGAUAGAUGUCUAACUGUUGUCAGUGAGGACAAUUAUCUAUCAAAGAUACCAGAAUUACUACUCCUUAAGCAAUGUGUUGAAGACCAAUUAUUUUCAUCAAGAGAUUACAUACCAGUAAUAACAAGAUUAUAUGAAGAAAACUUUUACAAUCAGUUUCUUUUGAUGUUCCUCAUAAUGGCACGCGAUCUAAAGCAAGAAGCAGAAGAAUUUUAUGAAUCAAUCUUUCCUUUAUUGGAUGAACUACUCGAAUCAGGGUUCAUUGACUACGAACUUGUCCCUAUUAUCAAAAAUAUCAACGAAUAUCGCUCAAAUAACUGGAGAAUCCUUGAUUUUGGCGUGAAAUUAGAUCGUGAAGUUCAAAUUUUAACAGCACUCAGAAAAGAUGAUGUAAAUAGCCUUAAAAAGAUAUCAUUCGAACCGAAUAUGCAACUAACUUUUACUAUAUUUGAACCUUGCAAAAUAUUAAGAAAUGAUCCAACAAUUAUUCAAACAGCAUCGUUCCUUUCUGCUUACGAGUGCUUUAAAUUCUUACGUACAAUAGGUUCCAAGCUCCAUAAUAAGGAUUCUCAUGACCAUUCCAUUGGUAUUUACAUUGCUUCCGGCGGAGAUACGAGAAUCAUUAAUGAAAUAGAGCGUUUGAACAUUACAUUCCAUAAAGCAUUACCGUACUGUGCAGAAUAUCGUCAAUAUGAGACGUUUGAGUGGAUUUUGGCGAAAAGAUCAAAAGAUAUCGAAGUAAAUAAAGAGCUUCGGAAUGUUUUAGUUAAUAGCGCGCGUUCUAAUAACUUCAGAACGUUCAUGAAUUGCUUGGAAAGAGGUCAAAAGCCAAGAAAUCGCGAUCGUAAUAAUGAAAAUUCCUUAAUUGCAGCUUCAAAGAGCCGAUUUUACUAUUUUGCGCAAUUUGUAUCCCUUUUCGAAUCAAUAGACCUCAAUGGAGUCGACAACGAAGGAAGAUCUCCGUUGAUGAUCGCUGCCAAAAAUGGUGACUAUGACUUGGUGUCACUUUUUAUCGAUGAUGGAGUUGAAUUUUCCAAAAGAGACAACAAUGGAAUGACCGCAUUUAUGAUUGCAUGCGGUGAAGGUCAUCUACUUGUUGUCAAGUUGCUUGCUGAUUACGUAAAAGAAACAAAUGAUAAAGACAAAGAAGGAAAAACUGCAUUACAUCACGCUUGUAUGCAUAACUUCUGGAAAAUUGUUGAAUUCCUUUUGUCUGAGUUCAAUAUGGACCAGUCUAUUAAAGAUAACACAGGUAAAACUGCAAAAAUGUAUUGCACUGAUGCAGAAGUGUUGAAUCUCUUAUUAUAA